AUGUCCUUCCCCACACUCCAUGCCCGCGCAGAGGCCAAACCUCUCGAGCAUCGCUCGUGCCUCACUCCCACCACCGCCAAGAAGCUGCUCGAUGCUGGCUACCCCGUGCUUGUCGAGCGCUCACCCAAAGACCCCAACUAUGCCCGCAUCUUCAAAGACGAGGAGUUCGAACAGGCAGGCGCAACCCUCAUCGAGGAGGGCGCAUACAAGAACGCGCCCAAGGACAACCGCAUCAUCAUCGGUUUGAAAGAACUUCCCGAAGACGAAUUCCCCCUCGAGCAAACUUUUGUACACUUUGCACACUGCUACAAGCAGCAGGGCGGCUGGGAGAAGGUCUUGGCCAGGUUCCCCCGCGGAGGAGGCACCCUGUAUGACCUCGAGUUUUUGCAGGAUGAGUCAGGCAGGCGCGUUGCUGCCUUUGGUUACCACGCCGGUUUCGUUGGAGCCGCUCUAGCCAUCAAGACAUGGGCAUGGCAGCUCACUCACCCCAACGGCGAACCUCUGCCAGGUCUCGAGACCUUCACCGAAGGCCGUGGAUACUACAACAACGAGAGCGAGUUGAUCACCCAGCUGAAGGAGGAUGUCGCAGCUGGCGAGAAGGUUGCUGGUCACAAGCCCACUAGUCUGGUACUAGGCGCCCUUGGACGAUGUGGUUCUGGUGCUGUCGACCUGCUCGAGAAGAUCGGCUGCCCCGAGAUUAAGAAGUGGGAUCUGGCUGAGACCAAGGAGCGUGACGGUCCUUACCCAGAGAUUGUCGAGUCGGACAUCUUCGUCAACUGCAUCUACCUCUCCAAGCCCAUUCCACCCUUUGUCAACAAGGAGAGCCUCAAGUCACCAGACCGCAGACUCAGCGUCGUCUGCGAUGUUUCAUGUGACACCACCAACCCCCACAACCCUAUUCCCAUCUACGAUAUCAACACUACCUUUGACAAGCCCACAGUUGACGUCUCUGUCGAGGGUAAUGGUCCCAAGCUGUCCGUCAUCUCCAUCGACCACCUUCCGUCUGCCCUACCCCGCGAAUCAUCAGAGGCUUUCAGCAAUGCUCUGCUGCCCAGCCUGAUGGCCCUCAAGGACCGAUCGACCACGCCAGUCUGGCAAGGCGCAGAGAAGCUAUUCCAGGAGAAGGUACAGACUCUGCCUGGUGGUGUUCCCAAGAAGGAGGUAUAG